AUGCCUGUCUCGAACUUUCCAACAGCCGAGAAGUACAAAUAUCUCAACGGCUUUCAAUCUUAUCAUGAAUCAGAAGCAGUGCCCAAUACACUGCCCAUUGGAGCAAACUCGCCGCAGAAGCCGAACCACGGUCUCUAUGCUGAAAAGCUGUCUGGAACUUCGUUUAUCGCGCCUCGUCAUGAGAACCUCCAAAGCUGGCUCUACCGCAUUCUCCCCUCUGCGGCCCAUCUCCCAUUUAAGAAACGGGAGGAGUUUAACAUCACGACUACAAUAAGCCAAGUUCCUACACAAUUUAGAUGGGAUCCAUUUGACCUCGAUGAGAAUGCAGACUGGCUUCAUGGCUUAAAGCAAGUUGGAGGUGUUGGGAGCCCGGCAACCAAAAAUGGGCUUGGAAUUUACAUCUACGCUGCCGGAGCUUCGAUGUCUCCGCAACACGCCUUCUAUUCAUCUGAUGGCGACUUGUUGAUCGUUCCGCAGCUUGGAGAUAUGGAUAUUCAAACCGAGCUAGGUCACAUUCUGGUUCGACCUAAUGAGAUUGUUGUCAUCCCACGAGGUAUCAAGUUCCGAGUGGGACUUCCCUCCGGGCAAGUUCGCGGCUACAUCCUCGAACUUUACGACGGUCAUUUCAAGUUGCCAGAGCUAGGGCCUAUCGGAUCCAACGGCCUCGCCAAUGCGCGUGACUUCCAAGCUCCCGUUGCCGCUUUUGAGGACAUUGAGGAGCCAGGGACAUGGACCAUCUUCACGAAGUACGACAACCAGAUAUUCUCCGCCGAGCAGACUCAUACGCCAUUCGAUGUAGUCGGGUGGCAUGGGGUGUAUUAUCCAUACAAGUAUGACUUAGGACGCUUCAACGUCAUUGGAAGUACGAGCUUUGAUCAUCCAGACCCCAGCAUAUACACCGUCCUCUCAAAUCCAACAGCCGAUUUCGUCAUCUUCCCUCCUCGGUGGCUUGUGCAAGAGGACACGUUCCGGCCUCCGUGGUACCACCGUAAUACCAUGUCUGAGUUCAUGGGGUUGAUCAUGGGCGACUAUGACGCAAAGGCUGGCGGGGGUUUCAAACCGGCCGGGGCGAGUUUGCAUAAUGUGAUGAGCGCACACGGUCCAGAUGCGGAUACUCAUGAGAAAGCAAGCAAUUCUGGGUUGAGACCUUUCAAGGUGGGGGAGGGCAGCAUGGCGUUCAUGUUUGAGAGCCCGCUCAUGAUCGGAGUGACCGAGUGGGCUGCGGAAGAGUGCCGUAAGGUCCAGUGGCAGUACAAUUCUGAAUCAUGGGUUCCGCUGAAACGUCACUUCAAACCCCCAGUGGCCUAA